AUGGGGCUGCUGUCGCUCGGCACACCGCUUGCGUGGGAGGACGCGCUCUCUCUGUCAGAACAUGUGCGUACGCAUGGCAUCGAGCAAUUUUUGUCCACAUGGCGCAAAGAGCAGGGGCGACAAGACGAUGCUUUAUUGUGGGGUGACGAGCUCGAAUAUAUGGUCGUCGUGCUGGAUCACGAGCACAAAACGGCCCGGCUUUCUCUGAGGCAGGGAGAGAUCUUAGAGUGCCUGAAUCGAUGCUGCUCGACAGAACUUGACGAUAUUCGGCCGGAUGAACGGCCCACCUUUCACCCUGAGUAUGGUCGCUUCAUGUUGGAGAGCACGCCCGGUAAGCCUUUUGGUGUGAGUGUGGCUGAGCUACUCCGCGUCGAGCCCGACAUGGAACUGCGUCGCAAAUUGGCUCGAAAGCAUCUCCAGGCGAAUGAGGUACCCAUGGCGAUUGUAUCGUAUCCACGACUCGGUACGCACGACACGCCCUUUACAGAUCCGGCGCAUGCGCCACAUGGCGAGGCGAGCCAUUCACUUUUCUUGCCGGACGAGCUGAUCAACAAGCAUGUCCGCUUCCCCACGCUUACAGCCAACAUCCGCAAACGCCGCGGCUCCAAAGUGCGUAUAAACGUGCCUCUCUUUCGCGAUGUACAUACCCCCACUCCGUUUGUGGAUCCGAGCGUGCCUUGGGACCGUCAUGAAUUUGCGGAGGAUCAGGAAGCGGCUCUCGGCGCGGCAUAUACCGACCACAUCUACAUGGACGCGAUGGGCUUUGGUAUGGGCUGCUGCUGUCUGCAAGUGACAUUCCAGGCACCUUGUAUCGACGACGCAAAGCGCAUGUAUGACCAAUUCAUUCCUCUGACGCCGCUCUUGCUCGCAGCUACGGCGGCAAGCCCCGUGUACCGUGGCUAUUUGGCCGACGUUGAUUGCCGUUGGAACGUGAUUAGCGCCGCCGUCGAUGACCGCACCCUGAUCGAGCGUGGUGAAGCUCCUCUCAAGGAGGGCGAACCUCAGCAUAACUCAGAUUCAGCUGGGCGGCGUCUGCGGAAGAGCAGGUACGACUCGGUGGACUCGUACCUAACGACGCGCGAAUGGAACGAUGUGCCGCUCGAGAUGAAUGAGCGCGUACGUCAGCGCUUACUUGAAAGUGGCGUUGAUGCCCUGUUGGCUGAGCACAUGGCACACCUGUUUGUCCGUGAUCCCCUUGUGAUUUUUUCUGAAAAUAUCAACCUGGACGAUACUCGCUCCAUGGACCACUUUGAGAAUAUCCAGUCGACCAACUGGCAGACGAUGCGCUUCAAGCCUCCGCCUCACGGAGGCCAUACCGGCUGGCGCGUCGAGUUUCGCUCAAUGGAGAUUCAGCUCACGGACUUUGAGAAUGCAGCGUUCUGUAUUUUCCUCGUUCUGCUCUCGCGUGUGAUUAUGACUAUGCCGGUCGAUUUUGGCAUGCCCAUUUCACUGGUGGACGUGAAUAUGCAGCGCGCGCAGCGGCGCGAUGCAAUUCAUUCGCAGCGUUUUCAUUUCCGCUCGAGUCGGCAUACCUCACAGACGCAGGAGUACACGCUCGCUGACAUUUUUCAUGGUAGCCCAGGCGAUAAUACGAUGCCCGGUUUGCUUCCUCUCGUGCACUCGUACCUCGACUCACUCAACAUGUCGGAGACGGAACGCCAGCGCCUGAACAGGUAUCUCGAUUUGGUCGCCAUGCGCGUGGAUGGGCGUCUUAUGUCGACGGCGACGUACAUCCGUCAGUUUGUCCAGCAGCACCCCGCCUACCGACGCGACUCGGUCGUGAGCGAUGAGAUCAACUACGAUUUGCUGUGCACGCUUGACCGUAUUGAGCGUGGUGAGUGCGAGGUACCCGACUUUAUGCCGGCAUGGUUUGCCGCCUAUCGACGCGAGCGUAAGUGA